GUGAAUUUUAAGCCCAGGGCCCAGAGUCAACAAAACCGAUUCCUCCGUACCACCUUGACCACCUACCUACAUACUCGGCAAAGUCGAUUGCUGUUCGUUUGUGGGGCCCACUUGGACAAUAACUUCCCAAGUUACUCCUAGGUACCUUGUCGAUUUCUCCACCUAUUUAUCAGCUAGUCUAGAAGAGUCGACCAAACCGCCGGCGGGUCUUCUUCAGCGGGAUUGACGGUUUUGUCUCGGUUCCAUCAUCCAUUCCAUCUCAAAACAGCCCUACUUUUUCUGAACGAUGCCGAACUACCAAGCGCCUCUUCGCUUCCCGGCUGCGGGCCGCCAUACGGCAACCGUCAUUUUUGUCCACGGACUCGGGGAUAGUGGCCAUGGCUGGGCACCGGCUGUGGAGAACUGGAGGCGGCGCCAGAAGCUUGAUGAGGUCAAGUUCAUACUGCCUCACGCUCCUACCAUCCCCAUCACGUGCAAUAUGGGAAUGAGCAUGCCAGGCUGGUACGACAUAAAAAGAAUUGAUGGCUCACCUCAGUCCCUCCGCGAGGAUGAAGACGAGGAGGGUAUUCUGCGCAGCCAAAAGUACUUUCAUGACUUGAUCCAGCAAGAAAUCGACGCGGGAAUCCCAUCGGAGCGCAUCGUGCUGGGUGGUUUCUCACAGGGAGGCGCCAUGUCCAUCUUUUCCGGCCUCACGGCCAAGGUCAAGCUCGCUGCCAUUGUGGCAAUGUCUGCAUACGUGCCACUGUCGCUCAAGUUCAAGGAGCUGAUCGGUAGCUGUGAAGCCAACAAGGCGACUCCGAUCUGGAUGGGGCACGGCACUGCCGAUCAAGUGGUGCCCACUGUUUUGGGUUUGAUGUCCGAAGCUCUGCUCAAAGAGGAGGGCUACCAGGUUUCAAUGAAAAAAUACCCAGGCAUGGGCCAUUCCGCUUGUCCCGAGGAGCUCGACGAGAUCGAGGCAUUCCUGCGGAAGAGCCUUCCCCCAUUGGGAGACAAAGGCUCGGGGGGUAAAGAUGAACUAUGAAUACAUGGUAGAGCCUCGAAGAAGGGACAAAAACUGUAAAGCCUUCCUUGCCCAGAAAGAUAACGCCGAGGCGAUGUAAAGUGGCUUAAAGAUGAGCUUGCUCUGGGCCAGUUAAUCUCAUAAUCUCAUGUAUUUUCGCGUACGCCUAGACGAAGAACUAUAUGAAAGCACCACCG